AUGAGGGAAUGGCAGCCCCGUGGUGCCCCAUGGCUGAGCUGCGGUCCCUCUGCAGCGCUGUGUGUCACUGCCAUGCGCAGAGCAAUGCUGGGUCCCAGCCAAGAGGACAAGCCCAGGCCAGCCCUGGCUCCAUGGCUGUCCUGGAGACAUCACCAAGCAGCAGGAGGACGCGGGGAGAUGGAGGGGAGAACGCUGAGGAGAGGAACAAAACAGGGAGGCUCGGGAGCUGCCACAGUGGCAAGUAGACGUCAGGGGGCCAAGGGCUGCACACAGGGCCUGGAGAAGCCAGCAGAGCAGAGCACUGCUGCCAUGCAAGGAGCAGGAAAACACCACCGCAAACCCAGAAAGCUGAAGGCUCGCCCUGCUGCACACCGUGAGGACUUUGGCCGUGGGAAGAACUCUGACUCAACCCAAAGUAAAGCCAAAGGGGCACAGGUGGGCACGGAGGUCAGCACUGUUUCAUCAUCAGCUUCCACCGUUCCAGACUGCAGCCAAACAGCUCUCAGCCUUUCUGCUCAGUUUAAGGAAAGCCUUCGGUGGGAUGGGAUCCUGGAGGACCCCGCAGCGGAGGAGGAGAGGCUGCAAACCUACAGGCUGAACAGAAGGAAGCGGUAUGAGCUGUACCUGCAGCAACACUGCCCCACUGCAGGGCAUCACCCAUCACACUGAGCAGUGCUGCAGUUCUUUUCCAGGGCAGCAAACAGCUCCUGAAUACUGAGCGAGCCCUCCGAGCUGCAGCCUGAGCUGUCAGCAGAAAGCUCUCAGCGAGCUUUGCAGCUCAUUGCUCACCGGUUUGUAACCACACAAAGAAUGGGAUAU